CCUCUCCGCCCGCCGGUUCCUGGUUUUGGGCCCUCUUCCUCCCAUCCCAACACGCUCGUCCUGGCUUUCAGCGGGUAGCAGGGUGCGGCAGUGAGAACUGCAGCAUGAGGUGGUGUUGCUACGGCUGCCAAUAGCGGUGCGCCCCCGAGGGAAAGCGCUCUGGUCCCUCAUGGAAAAUCGACACGCUCCACCUUCGGCGACCCAGCGACCAUACGGAUACGCCAAGCCGUAUGGUGGCGCCCAUCCUGCCAGGGCGCCUAACUCGUCGGGCCUGAUGCAUCAGGAUGCGUCCGCCGCGGCACCCUUCUCUGUCUUCCCGCUGCUCCCGGACGUCGCCAUGAGCCAGGCCAAGCGCCCGAGGGCUGAAGUCAGCUUCCAGCCAAGGCCUUACCCGGCAGACCGUGGCACCGGAUCCAUGAGCUACCAGAGCAAGGUCCGGGUAACAGACAGGUACAAGGUCGUCGGCUUCAUCAGCAGCGGCACGUAUGGCAGGGUUUACAAGGCCCUGGGCCGCCACGGCCAGGGCGGCGAGUUCGCCAUCAAGAAGUUCAAGCCCGACAAGGAGGGCGAGCAGGCCUCGUACACGGGCAUCUCGCAGUCGGCCGUGCGCGAGAUGGCCCUGUGCUCCGAGCUCAACCACCAGAACAUCAUCCGCCUGAUCGAAAUCAUCCUCGAGGACAAAUGCAUCUUCAUGGUGUUCGAGUACGCCGAGCACGACCUGCUCCAGAUCAUCCAUCACCACACCCAGCAGCCGCGCCACCCCAUCCCGCCGACCACCAUCAAGAGCAUCAUGUUCCAGCUGCUCAACGGCUGCCAGUACCUGCACGCGAACUGGGUGCUGCACCGCGAUCUCAAGCCCGCCAACAUCAUGGUCACGUCGGCCGGCGAGGUCAAGAUCGGCGACCUCGGGCUCGCCCGCCUGUCCUACAAGCCGCUGCACAGCCUGUACAGCGGCGACAAGGUCGUCGUCACCAUCUGGUACCGCGCCCCCGAGCUGUUGCUGGGCAGCCGCCAUUACACGCCCGCCAUCGACCUGUGGGCCGUCGGCUGCAUCUUUGCCGAGCUGCUCUCGCUGCGGCCCAUCUUCAAGGGCGAGGAGGCCAAGAUGGACAGCAAGAAGACCGUGCCGUUCCAGCGGAACCAGAUGCAGAAGAUCGUCGACAUCCUGGGCCUGCCGACCAAGGAGCGCUGGCCGCUACUGACCAGCACCACCGAGUACAGCCAGCUGGCAACGCUGCAGCCGCCCGUCAGCCACGGCCACCACCACCAACACCACCACCACCAACAACAACAACACCAUCAAGCCGGCGCCUACCAAUCGUCGCCGCGCCAGCCCCCAGGCGCCGGGGCAAGCCAGCUGGAAAAGUGGUACUACAACACGAUCGGCGUCGGCCAGCAGCAACAACAACAACACACCGGCUCCACCGGCCCCGGCGGGGGCGGCGGGGGCGGCGGCGGAAACCCGCUCGCAACCCUCGGCGCCGAAGGGUACAAGCUGCUGGCGGGCCUGCUGGAGUACGACCCGGAGAAGCGGCUGACGGCGGCGGCGGCGCUGCAGCACCCCUUCUUCAGCACGGGCGACCCGGUCAGCGCCAACUGCUUCGAGGGGCUCAAGACCGAGUACCCGCACCGCCGCGUCAGCCAGGACGACAACGACAUCCGCACCAGCUCGCUCCCCGGCACCAAGCGCAGCGGGCUGCCUGACGACUCGCUCGCGCGGCCGGUGAAGAGGGUUAAGGAGUAACGGUUGGGAUGGGAUGGGUAAGGCAGGGUUGGGCAGGGCAGGGCUGGUCAUUGAAUUAGGGCGAGUUUGGCGUUGGGCGUUUGAAAAUCUGAAGA